AUGGCCAGUCAGACCGAGACCAUUGUCUCGUUGAAAGCACCGCUUCAUGAGAGCAAGGCUCUGGUUGAGUCAGUCGAGACAUACGUGGAGAAGUAUAUGUCUCGUUACGAUGCCAGCCAUGACUUCGACCACGUCCGCCGUGUGCUGGGGCUUGCAAAAUACAUUCUUGCCGAAACGCAGAAGAGCGGCCAGAAUGUUUUAGACGAGACAGCAAUUUACCUUGCUGCGCUUGUCCACGAUGUCGGUGACCACAAAUACCUACAGCCUGGCGAAGAUGCCGAGACGCAGAUCAUGAGCGUCUUGUUGGAGCGCGGAGCGUCACCUGGUCUGGCGUCCAAGGUGCACACAAUCGCAAAGAACGUGUCCUACACGAACGAGCUUAAGGACCCUGGAAAAGUUCGGCAGGUCUUACUGGAGCACCCUGAACUCGCCAUUGUCCAGGAUGCCGACAGGCUUGACGCCAUUGGUGCGAUUGGUGUCGGGAGAUGCUUUACCUUCGGAGCUGCGAAAGCAGGCCGAGGCAUGCAAGGAGCGGUAGAUCAUUUCGAGGUCAAAUUGGAGAGGUUGGAGGCUAUGAUGAAGUCGCCCUCGUACGCCGAACAGCCAACUAAGCUACGCCUCCCCCGCCGCGUCUUCUCCCAUGAGCCUGUCGCGCGCUAUCUAAUCACAAUGUUCUGUCUGCGGAGCUGGAUACCUAUACUCUUCUUCCUCACAAACGCCUCGCCUGUCUAUCUCGUCCUCUUCAUCUCUGCCACCUAUUUCCUGAACCGGCCCUGCGUCUACUGCAGCCUGCUCCUCGCCAUUUUGGUCAUCGCCCUCUUCGAUUUCAACACCAGCUGGUUCGAGCCGAACGGCCGCUAUCAUUCCGAUGCCGACGCCGCAUCUGCGCACGAGCCUUAUGUGCCGCCGUCCAAUGCCUCCAUGGCCUUAGACGUGGCCAUGGAGACGGUGAGCCUGCUGGCAGGAACGGUGAACAACACGGCGGGCGCGCUGGUCUCGGCGGCCAUGGACGGCAUCAAGCGCAAGCGCGGCACACCGGACGCGGCAGCUAGCGUUGCUGGCGCCUCGGCCGACUGGGGGAAGGGUCUCUUCGCGAGGAAGGAGUGGAAGGUGCCGUGCAUGGACGUCAUUGUUCGGCUUUGA